AUGGCGCAUCUUCAUGGUCCUCCUUUAGCUCAGCCGCCUGUACUGGCCGCAGUUGCUGAAUGCAGAGCACGUGGAUGGGACUCCAAGAGUACAGCCAGCCGGCAGUGCCAGCGAGAGCAGCACCACCACCAGCAUUGGCAUUCUCACCGGGCCAAGUGGACAGGCGCUUUGCUGAGCACAAGUCUGGCAUUGCUGCGCUCGAGACGGAGGUGCCUCCAAGACAGGUCCAGACAACGCCAGCCUGUUCGCACAAGCGUGGCUGCUGCGCAGUAUGGAGAUGAGUACGUCGGUGACGCAGUGGAUUUAGAACUAGCUGAUUCUUUGCGGCAGAGAACAUUGGAGUCUCUGGACUUAGAUUUCGUGCUUGAGAAGCUGCAGGCGCUAUGUUAUACGGCCAUGGCAGCAGACAUGGCUGUCAAUCCAGAGGAACUGAUGGCGGGCUCGGCCGAAGAAGCAAGAGCGCUGUAUGCCACGGUGCUGGAGCUAACUCAACUCGAAGAUGCAGAUUUGGAUUUGGAAGAGAAGCUUGACAUUCUUGACGAGGUGGAGCAGUGCACUCGCGGAGCUGUUCUAGAGACCCCCUCCCUUUGCAAGAUCUCCAGGUCUAUCGAGGCGUUACUCCGACUUCGCAACGGUUUAGAAGCCGCGAGCAUUCGCGGAGUACACAUCCCGUCGCUGAUGGCGCUGUGUCAAGAAAUUGAGUUGCCAGAUAAACUCUUGGACGCCAUCCUGGAGGCCUUCGAUGAAGAACAAGAGUUGUCCUUGAAGAAGUUUCCAGAACUCGCGGCGCUACGUCAAAGAGUCAAGGAUUUGGAAGAUGCUUGCACUCGCGUCAUGUCCGAGGUGACCACUAGUGGAAAGUGCGCCUUCAUCAUGGAACCUGACACUGUGCUCUGCCGCUGCCAUUUUGGAACAAGUCAGUGUUCUGCAAACUACAAGUCUUUCCCGCUGUGUUCCGUGCCUGAGGCACGCUUCUGUCUUUCCCAGCUUGAGGCGAUGUUGAGCAGUUGUAGCAUGUACAAGUCCCCCGAAUGA